UUCGAUCGUCUACUUGUUGUGUCUUUUUUUUCUUUCAUACCGAUAAAGUCAGUGUUGUUUAAUUCAAUUAAAUUUUGUUUUUUUUUUGUUUUACCUUAUGUAGUAUUUAUAUGUUGUUUUCGUUUUAGCGAUUAAGCAGUACUUUUAGGUACAAUCGUUUUACAUGUGUGAACCAUUAGGCGAGAAAACGAUUUAAAUAUGAAAAAAGACGUAAAAAAAAGUUCGUACUACGUUUGGUUUCUCGGAGCUCAGGAAUGUAAAAAUGUGAGAGAUGUAGAAAGUAUAAUUCCUGUAAUUUCAACUUUAGCGGAAAGAGAAAAGAAAGUGACACCGUACAAGUUUACACUACAAGUUAGUCACAGGGGAUUGAAAAUUGUUCAUAAUGUUUCGGCGUUGACUUCGUUGCCUGGCGGGAAAAGUUCAAAAAGCGAUUUAGUGAAGCACCUGAUACCCGAUCACGCAGUAACUUGCGUCCAUCAGGACGAAGACCUCGUGGCCAUGAUACUGCUGCUUUACAACCCCGUCACCAAAUGGCCGGUGCACGUACAUGUUUACCGCUGCGAUUCUGUGGAAACAGCCACUACACUUUCCGGACAGUUGCAAAUGCUCAUCGACCGGCCGGAAAAUAAAAAGAAACUCAACGAGAUAGAGUUAAGACUGAUGAAAUCGGAAUUAUCAUCCUGCAGAAACAAUAACGAUAGUAGGCAACGAGAAUCGCCGUCGUCCGAAAGCGGAAUUCCUGCAGCCGGACCGGGCAACAUGACUACACUGUACGACUCUUUGGCGGCCGAGUUAAAAAAGAAAUUGGGCACCGGGGGUAAGACUGGCGCUCCGAUAUUGUUGCCACCUCGAGAUUACGAUACUGUCCACAGACAUAGAGGAAAUUUGAACGGUAUAGAUUUUAGACGGUGCAUGAGCACCAAUAUCGUCGGUGUAAACGUCGCCAAACAAGAUUUUCGGAGAUCCGCAUCAGCCACGAAAAUGGGAUCGAGUGGUGGAUCCAGUGGUAUAGGGUCUGAUCACGCACCCAGCCCGGAACAAUAUGAACCAGAAAACACAUACGCGGAUAAUAACUCGUCUUCAGGUAAAAUAAAAUUAUUAAUAUUUAUUCAAGUAUUUCAAAUAGGUAACACUAUAAUAUAGUAUUGUACAUAUUGUUUAUAUAUAUCCUGUUUAUCUGAAACCUUUUCCAACCGUCCGCUACUAUAGGUAUGUCAUAUUUUGUUUUUUUUUUUUUUUUGGUGCAAUGAUUAAAUUAUAAUCAAUAACGAAUUUCCAUUAAUAAAAAAUACAGCCUAUCGUGGUUAGUACAGCUUAAUGAAAACCAAUGCGGCGCGGCGUUGAUAACAUUGAAUAGCUACAUUUUUGUAUUGCCAUUUUUGUUCAGUUGAAACGAACGCAGUACAAUUUAUAAUUAAUAAUAUAUAAUAUUGGCCUUUAUAACUAUACUACUCGUAAUUGUCUUCUCUGCAAUAUCCCUAUAAUAAAAUAGUCGCAUAACAUAUAUUAUAAUAUAAUAUUAUCUCCGACUCUUUGAUUUCUCCGGCCGUAUAGGUACACGUUUAACCGUGAACGUGUUUGUAAAGGAGUCCGGUAUACCAUAAUAUUAUCAUCUCCACCGAUAUAUCAUAUAUCAUAAUGUCCACUGUAAUAGAAAUAUGUACGCACAAGGACGUAAAGAACCUUUUUCAAGGUUGACAAUGUAUGGCUACCUACUGUACAUUAUACAAGUAUAUUAUAAUAUUAUAUAUAUAUCGACAUUGUUGACUUUAAUUUUGUCUGGUUCCUGUCUGCAGCGUGUCCCGUGCACAUUCGUGGAAAUUAACCGUUGCAAUUAUCACUAUCUGGUCUUUCUUUAUAAUAUCGAAAUAAUAUUAUUCUGUAAAUAGUUACGGAUAAAAAGUCUUUUGUAUUGAUAAUACGGUAAUCCCUUGUUAAUUUUUUAUACGCAGUUGAGUCGGAAAUAUUCAUAAAUUAAUAACCUCCAUACAUUGUAUCGUUAUUAUACGACGUAUACGAUAGUUGUGCGUGAUACGUGUACGGUUUUUAUAACCAAGCUAGUUUUUUUAAGUUUAAAGUGGUUUCGUUAUCCAGGGUUAUCCACACAACUUUCCUCGAACGUAACAUACGAUGAUAGCGGGAGAUUAUUGAAAUAGGUAUAUACCGGACGAAAUCGAUAAACAUGACAUUUAAAAACACGAAAAAAUAAGUUAUCACAAAAACACGAUUAAUUGUAAUAUAAUUUUACCUACGAAGUUUAAUUUUUUAAUUUAAAAUGAAUUAUAAUAUUUUCGUUUGCGUUCGUCACAAACUUACAGAACCUGCCUACUGUUCGUAACAAUCACAUCCAUUUUAUGCGGCAUUUGAAUUACGUAUGCGAUUUUUCCAAAAACCAGUGUACUGGUUAGAUUAGGUUUGGUUAGUAUGUACCUAUAAUACAUACUUCUAAUAAUAAUAUAGGUACGAAAUUACAUUAUUAUUUUGACUGUAAUAAAUCACCCUAAAAAUACGGCUUUAUGUAGCACGAAUAUAUGGUAAAGCAUAAAAUAUGUGAAUGUGGGUCAAACGAUUACAUUGUCCUGUUUUCGAAUCACCCAACCAGCUUUAGCAGCUCACACACCACACAUAUUAUGUGUGAUAGCUCGUAAAACAUCUGCUGCAACCGAGUAUAAUGUAUGUAGCAUAGCAUUCAGCAACUUUCUAAUGAUGUUUAAUUGACUGUUAAAAAAAAUAAAAAGUACAAUAAUAAUAAUAAAUAGGUCUUUUUUUAAAUUUUAAACGCUUACCUUUUUUUCUUCUUAAUUUGGAUACCCAUCACCACUUCCAAUACACCCCUCCAUGGGAUCCUGUCCAUCAUGGCUAAAUAAUCUCCAUUCCUUAUUUCCGGAAGCUUCUGGUUUUUCUUGAUUCGGUCUCACCACUGUUGCCUCGGUCGUCCUCUCAGUCUUUUUUUUAUAUUCGUUUUCCAUAUUGUGUUUUUACGUAUUAGUUAACUCUCUAAUUAGCAAACUUGACCUGUCCCUUUGGCUUUUUAGAACUACAAAUGUAUACUCGGCACGUUUUGUCUUAAUUCUGCAUUUUAUGUGCCUCGUUAAUAGGUAUUCUCCUCCUCGUUACUUUUUGGACAAUAUAUUUUACGUAUACGGUUUUCUCUAAAAUUGUAUUAAUCUCUUUUCGUUCGAUUUUCGGUAAAAGAAAAAUUGAUUUGAUUUGAUUGUCUUAAUGCGAAUUUAUGUUUUUAUAAUUAUAGCGCACAGAACAUAAUAAUAAUAUGGCUCUCCAUACUUGUACAUGAUGUAUACUUACAACAUACACGCUCUUACAUUAUUUUAUUAUACCUGUACAUUCGGCGUUGUCGGUUUAAAGUGUUUAAACAAUACAAAAUCUCAAAGUACGAAAAUAACCCGAGGUUUGUUAUUAUUGUAUCCAUUGAGUAUGUGGGUCGUCGUGGGCGUUACUCCUUUUCUCUAUGUAAUGAAGAUGCAACACCCUUUCUCUCGUGUAAUUGCACAUUUGACUUCCUUUGGAUCCGAUUCCACCGUGCAAAAGAGGAUUUAACAUGUAGCAUUAUAAUAUUGUAAUAUUAAUAAGAACAAAAAAAAUGAAAAACACAAGAAAUUCGUUAUAAAUGAAAUUAAAAAAAAAUAUCAGUUCGUUUUUGUUUAUUUAUCUCGUUUUCAACAACAAAAAUAAUACGUAUAUUGUAUUACGACCUUAGCUGUUGAGUUGGAAAAAAAAACAAAAUUAAUCAUGAAACCGGUUAUAAUCUCAUUUAAAAACAAAUAUUAUGUUAAAAUUAUUUCGUGGGCCACGAUCUGGAAAUUAAAUUGCCACACGGUCUUUAGACUACAUCAGUAGACAUCGUAAUAAUUAUAUUAUUAAUGAUGUAGUUCUCUCCGGAAACAACGUCGUUGUCAUCGCGCCAUUUUCGAGAGAUUUGCGCAUUUUUUUGUGAUUUUUAUUCAUCCCAUUCGGCAAAUUAUUGAUGUUUUUAAAUUGCGUUGUUAUUAUUUCCCUUCUCGGCAUAAUACACCCAAACGGGUGCAGUUGUUGAUAACAAAUCACUAGUAGGUAGGUACCCACCUACCGCGGAUGAUACUUCCGCAGUGAUCGUUUUUAUAGGCCACAGCGUUAUAAUAAUAUUAAUUUUAUUAUUAUUAUUAUAUUUAUUAUAGGUACCUAUUAUAUAUAAUUACACUUCUACUGUACAACAGCGAGAUAAUUCAGCGACAAUAGUCAACCAACUGUGACAUGAAUUUCCUUUGAAGUUAGCGCUAAAAAAAAAAAACACAUACCAUCCUUGUUGACCUUGAACGUUCAUUCACUUCGUCUUCUUCUUAAUUUGGUAAAACUGCCGUAUACAUUCCUUAUGGGCAUCGUAUCUUCCGAUACAUAUUGUAUAUAGGUGUACCUCCUAUACCUCGUACACUACCUACUCGACGAAUUCCGUUCUCGUCGUGCACUUGGGCAACGGCCAUAAAGACGACAUAAUACCAAUGUGAAUAUUUUCGUUUGCUGAAUGAUACGUAGGUAUAAAUAGGUACAACGCCGCCGUAAUUUUUAUCGAAUUAUCGUGUUUUUAUUUUACCAUAACCCUUACAGCUGGACGGCGCCGCUAUUGCCGGUUUACGCGCGAUAACGUAUUAAUAAUAUUAUAGUGGACAUUUCGUGUACUAUUAUAUUAUUUGUUGUACUCGGACGUCGUCGUUUCGACCCGUAACAAUAAUAGUGAGAGUGAGUUCUCGUAUUCCUGCUGCGGACGUAUUAUGGGAAGAAACACAAUAAAAGGGGGAAAACAAAAAGCACUAGCACGGAAUGUUAUGUCUGUGUUGUGGUCGACGUCGACAGUGUACAUUGAACGUACGCACAUCAAUCGGGUCGGGUGUACGAAGUGGUAGAAUAAUACAUACAACAUCGCUGCUUGUAGUAACGGUGUUGCAUACCGAGUGGGUGUAACAGGACGACAAAUGCACGGGAAACCGGUUUUCGGUUUUUUUUUUUUUCGUUCGUUUUAACGCUGCAUCGCGUCGUCGCGGUCGUCGUGCGGACGAGAGGCGAACUUAUCUUUUGUGUUGCGUUCAAGUAUUAAAUAUUGUACAAGAAUAUCGUAUUAUUAAAAGGAUCGUGAUAUUUAAUAUUCUUACUCUGACGAGUAAUAAUUAUUGUGUUGUUAAUAAAACUCCCAAUAACAACAACUCUAAAAUAUACGCUCCCGGAAUAUUGUAAUUUUGGUUUUUUUUUUUUUUUUUGUACUUUCGUAAAUGUCUGAGUUCUAAAGGUUUUUUCGCGCAUAGCUAUCCGCUAUUCUACCAAAAAGAAUGACAACAAAAUUAAAUUAUAUGCUAAAAAGCAAUUAUAGCAUUCUCCCUGUACGGAAAUAUAUUGUAAUCUCGAUGUAGCAAAGAAAAAACUAUUUAUUGAAUUGUAUUUCAGUUUUUCUUAAUGUAUACGACCUAUACCGCCUGCCGACCGAGGUACGGUACUUUAGGUACCUGAACAUUGCUAUCCUCUGACACUCCGGAACAAUAUUAUCGAUCUCAUCGACGCAAUUAAAAUGGAUUUUUUAUGAAUAUUCCAUCGUUUAUCCGGAAAUUAGAAUUUUUUUUUUUUUUGUACUAGAGAUUUAUACAAUAAGUACCAGGUUUUAUCUAUAUUUUCUAUGCCUUAUGGGGGUUUUUUUUUAGUAAGGAUCAGCGGUUGCAUAAAAUGGAUGGGUGGCUAAAAUGUUUUGGCAUCAUGGUUGGCCCACUCUGUAAUUUUAUGUGCACAAUAAAAAAAAAUUUUUUAUUUAAAUAUUUAAUAAACUGUGGACUUUUUUAAAACUUCAAACGUGACAAGGAAUUCAUUAAUUUUACUAUUAUACGUUUAUUUUAUAUCCGUUAACGACUUUUCUACCAGAUAUCUUGAUUAUAUAAAAAUGACAAGAGCUUUCUUGUAGCGUUUUGCAACUAUAGUUGGUUAGCCUGGCCUACCUGUAUAAAAAAAAUGCCGUAGAAGUAUAUAAUAAGCUCUAUAUUGUAUAAUGUUUAUGAAUAUUAUAUUCAUAAUAUGAUUCUGAUUAGUUCUAAAUUGCUGAUAUUAAAAUUUAUACAAAAAAACAAAACCUAUAUAGGUUACACUUCCUCGUAUAUGACGUGCAUAUUUAUCGCCUCUAAUUAAUAAGAUUAAAAAAAGGAUUUUUAGUGUAGAUUGUUUUUCUGUUUCUUUUUUUUCUUGUAAUCGUGACUUUUUACCCGUGACUUUUUUUCUCCUAUAUAGAUUUAUUCCGUCACCGCCUUCCGGACUAUACAUAAGUAUAUAUUAUACUACAUAGUUUACCGCGACGCACACUCGGGAGGGCGGUUCGAUGCGCGCGCGCGUUUUCGUAAUAAUUUUACAACAAUUGUGUAUAGGUAUAUGAUAAUAGUAAUUUAUUAAAUCGUGAGGUAAAUUUUCAUAGUAUAUAUACCUACUUCGUAACUCUCGGUAGAUAAUGAAUUAGCAACGGUCGGGUUGCGUAAGAUGCGCAAAUCUUGAAAAAUCAAUGACCUAUGGCGGCAAUCAUUAUUCUUUAUUAAGUAACUACCUAUAUACCUAUACACAUAUUGGGGGUGGGCCAAUUUUUUUUCCCUCGACCGUAUCUUUAUAUUUUAUUUGUACAAUUGUAACAAUACCAUCGAAACUUAUUUCAAGAAAAAAACAAUAUCCAAUUCAUGAGCAACAAUUUAGGUGAAUAAUACAAUUUCUAUGUAUUUUAUUUUUUACGGUUUAAAUUAUCGCUGAACCAAAAAUGGCAUAAGGGUAAAUGAUCAGAAUGUAACGAGGAACAAGUAACCCUUUAUGUAGGCCCUAAUGUGCUCCCUGGAAAUCAGAAUGUGUCACCUGAAUUACAAAAUAUGUGUGUACCGAGUUUUAUAACGUGUAUAUUAAUUUUAAUUGUAUAAAUGACAGUAGGUAAUGCUGAUAACAAACAAUCAACUAAUGAUCUAACUCUAUCUAAUACAUAUAUAUAAUUAUCAUAAAAUUGUUUUGUAUUAGGAAAUUUUAUUACACUUUAACUUACAUUUAAUUUAUGUUGAUCAUUUUUUGUCUGCACUUUUUAUAAAUAGUAUAAAUGUUUAAAGUAAGUAGUGUGUAAACCCCCUACAGGUUUUGUUUUGUCAAUGGAAAUUUAUGAUUUCUAUAUCAUUGAAUUAAAAAGCGUUUCCUCUGAAAUCAAAAAUAUUUUAGGCCCUACUUAUAGUUGAUUAGCAGGAUAUCAAUAUUGAUAAAAUUAUUAGUCGCGAAACAAAAAUAUACAUAUUGUUUAUAAAUCAUCACCUGGAAUUAUUGCACUUGAACAUUUUUUUGGAUGCGAUAUUUUGCGUUUAGCGGCUAAUAACUUUGUCAAUAUUGAUUAUUUUCUUAUUAAAUGAGACCCUACGGCAGUACAACGUUAUUUGUUUCUUAUUAUAAUAUUCUGAUGAUUUACCCUGAUUUUGUUUAUGAUAUUUUUAUACUUGUACAAAUAAAAUUUAAAGUUAUGUCAGUAAAAAAAAUACAUUUUGAUCCACUCUAAUAUAAAAUAAAUUUACGAUUUACCUCAAAAACGAGUCGGUCGAUAUAUACGUUAUAUUAAAAUAAUUGCUGGGACUUGUUUUAACGUAAUAAUUUCAUCGAGUUCUACCUACUCGUGUCUUGUGUAUAAUAUUUAGACAAAGAAAUUGAAAACAGAAAAGCUCGACAGCACAUAUCAUCGCCGUGAUUUGAAAUUUUAGAUUGUUUACCUAUAAUAUUACCAUAUACCUACGUAGCUCGCUCAUAGAUUCAUAUACAUAUUGCAAACCCACGAAAAAUAAUUUCUUGCUGACUAACUAUAAUAUUGUAUACGAGUAAAUUAUUAUUAUAAUAUUUUAAAACCAGUUAAUAGAAAUAUGCAAAUGGUUUUGUACGACCAUCCUUAAACUCACCAUUAACACAGGAGACUUGAAAUACUUAAAAUCGUCAAAGUAAGAGUUUAAAAAUCGUAUUAUAAACCCACAAUAAUAAUUUAAAAAACCAGCAAUCUCAAAAACGAUGACACUUUAAAAUCCUAUAAGUAGAAAAAAAGAAUUAUGUGCCCUCAAUAAUGCCAGAAAAAUAACAAAAAAAAAGCAGAAAAACUAUAAAAAAUAUUAAAAUUUUCUACAAAAACCACUGAAAACGAAAUAGUAAAAAUUAUCAUUUAUUACUCGUUCGUCUAGAUCGCUUCAGUAUAAUUGUGGUGUAUUAUUAUUUUAAAUUUGAACACGACAAUUGUCACAUUCGAUAAACGAUUUUGAGUCAAAUCGAAAUAACCUAUUACCUAUGUUUUAUAUUACUUAUAGAUACCUAUAAUAAUUAUAUCGAAUACAGUAGAUACUCAAAACGUUUUAAAUAAGCAUAAUUACUCAUUGUAUCAACAAUCGUAUCGGCCUAAGAGUAUUAUUAUUACAACAGCAUCGCAAUAUCGAAAAUAUAAUAAUUUGUAAAAUGUACUUGUUUUUUUUUUUUUUUUUAACGUGACAUAGAAAACUACACGGCUACAACACUCCUCUAUAUACAUUUCACCGAACAUUUAAAAGAAGGUUAUGUUGCGUAGAGGUCGUUUUCGUGUCUAUACAAUAAACAUGAUUAUUAACACCGAUGAGAAGUUAAUAUUAUUAUUAUUAUAGUAACUUUACUCUUCAAGAUAACUGAUGUUAACCCGAGGGAGUUUCCAAUAGAGUAAAUGACCUAUUUUGACGGUGUAAUGUGAAUAUUGAAGUGCUAUUUUUUUUUUUAAAUUUUUUUUUGUAUUCGACCCCCACGUUAUAAAAUUGAAUUUAUCACAGUAAAUAAUGUACAAUUAUAAUUACAAGUGUUAGGUCAGGUAUGUUUUUUUGCCCUUUUAAUGGCGAUAUAAUUGUGAAUAUAUAUUAUUAUAUGUUGUGUGUUUAUUAAUUAUCAAAUUUUCUACCCAUUUCUCAUCGAAUAUACUAUUUAAUUUUGUGUUUUACGCUUUACGUAUGUCUACAAAGCUUAUGAUACCGUAUAAAGAGUUUAUAAAUACAGCGUUAAGACGGUAUAGAUUAUGUGUAAUGGGUAUGUAUGCUUACGCGCUGUUGCAGGAAGAUCGCAAAGAGAAAAUCCUUAUACCUAUGCAUUUCGCUUGUAUAUAAACAUUAGAAAAUCGUAAAUUAGCCGUAUCUCUCUUGCUAUUUAUGAGCAGACACUUUAUAAUAAUAUAUACAUUCUGUAUUAUAAUGUAAAAUAAUAUCGUACGGCACGCAUAUGAAACAAUGAAAUUAAAAUGGAUCUAAUAGGUUUAUCGAAUAAGUGUAUAAUAUUAAUAUACGGAGUUGGUCUGAGCUGAGACUUAUUUUUAUUUUUCGGGGGUAAACUGAAUCUCGGUUUAAAAAAAUGAUCUGAAGUAUAUAGGAUCAGCCAAGGUUUAAAAAAAUAGUAAAUAUAUUAUUUGGGUAUAUUUCCCUUCUCAUCUUUAUAGACUUUAGGACUGCCAACGGACUGGUACGAUUAAAAAUGUGAAUUUUUUGGUUUUGCAAUUUUUAAUUUAUAAUGAUUUUGGUUAAACAAAUUAUGUGUAAAGUUGAAGUCGUGAAUUAUUUUUAAUGACGAACUUUUUAUUGCUCGUCUCAAAAUUUUUUUUUUUUCUAGGUCAACCUUAUAUAGAAUUUAAGGGAAGAGCAUAUUUUAGUUUUUCUACCACAUUUAAAUUUCCCUGCUGGGUUUACUCAACACUUUUAAAUUUCCCGGAUUCAGUUUACCGAUUUAUAAUCCGUUUCUAAAUUUCAUAAUAGACAGUCAAUAAAAAUCGACCAUGGAGUGUAAUUAAAAAUGUACUAAAUCCAAAUAAAUAUCAAAUGUUUUAGAAAAAAUAUUUACUAGCUUUUUUUUCCUUUUAUAAGUGAUAAUGAUACCUAUAAUAAUAUAACGGUAAUCGUGUAAUAAAAUACCGUAAAAAAAAAAAUUCAGUUUGUUGAUCGUUGAAUUGCCGACUCAAUCUAAAUUUAGUCUAAAUUUCUAAUUUAGAAACCUUUGUCUCCGGCCCCGAGUGAACAUUAUAAACAUAUACGGACAUAAAGAUAAUUAAAACUUAAAGGUAACGGGUAAAGUAUUUUUAUUUUUUUAUCUGACUUGCGUUCACCAUUUAUUUUUUUUCCAAUUCAAUCACUAAAUUUAUAAUACGUACAGCCUAAUUAUUUCAGACUAAACUCGAUGACAACAUUAUGACAUAAGUGGGUAUUAAUAGGUAUAAUAUAAUAUAGUAUCAUGAUGUUUAUGCUGUUAUAGAUUAUAUGAAUUAUUGAUAAAAAAAAAAAAACAAAUUACAGUCGAGCUCAAUGAACACCGUGUGCGAUAUAUUCCCGGGUUGACCAUACUCACACAUUACGCUUUAAUAAUAAUUUCGAAUGUCUAUAUUGGCAAAGAGAGCUCCUGUGGGUAUAAUACACGCGAAUGUACAAGACUUUCACACAGCACGAUUCUUCGUCGUCGUAUACACGCGGUCCGAGUCAGAGGUCGUCCAUCGUAUAGGUAUAACAUUAUUAUCUAGUCGAUUCAUUGAAAUCGUCUUUUCAACUACAAUUGAAAACGACGACGACCAUAUUAUUAUUAUUAUAUUCAUACUUCUCUAUUGCGCGCGUGUGUAUAGUUGUACUUUUUAUUCCUGUCCUCGAUCCAAACGAAACAUAUAAUAAGUUUUUUUUCGUCCUGUAUUUAGCACGCGUUUUUUGGCAUCAUUUAUUAUGGACGUAAUCAUUUUAUGUGCCGCAAAUAUUAUGUAUAAUUUAAUAUAUGUAUUAAUUAAUUUCGCGUUUUAUUUUUUACAUGGAUUGCACGUUUCUCCUGUGUGAACUAACACAAUAUCGUAUACGGAAUAUUAUUAUCGAUUGUAAAAAGUAACACGAAUAUAAUAUGCUUUAUUGCGUGCCAAUAAUAUAAGUUGGAUAACGGUACACGGCCCCAAGCACUCGGGACUCCAGUAUAAAAUUCAUCUGGUGCACUUUCUCUGCGUACAAAUUCGUAGACGUCUCGAAUACGAAAAAUUCAACUCCACGCGUACAAACCAUUGAGUACGUGAACGGAUCACCGACGAACUGGGCCCCGGUCUAAUUAUAGUUAUUGGGCCCUUGAUUUUACCCAUUAAUUAUUCUUUUCAUUAGUAGGUAGUUAGAUAAUAACCUAAAUCUAUAAAACUUAACAAUUUAAAAUAGCUAUAAAUAGCUUGAAAAACAUCAGAUUAGAUUUAAAAUUUUACCACGUCUAGGAAGUAUUAUAAUAAUAUGAGUAUUCGGUGAAAAAUGUCAGCUCUCUACGAUUAUUUUUCAUCAAAUUACAACAAAGGUACACAAUUGAAAUUAACAGAAACCGGUAUUAUGUAAAUAUGUUCAUUUUUCCUACAAUUUUUCUUGGUUUUCCAUCUUUAUAAAAAAGACUACAAGGAAAUUAAAAAAAAACCUUCUCAGUGCAUCAACUAAACAAAAUUUACUACUAGAAACCACCACCGCUAAAGUAAAUGAUCAAGCCAAGAUUUCUGGUUAAAAAGUUGUUUACAGACAGAAAAAAAAACACAUUGUAAUAAUAAUAAUAAAAUAUUUGUAGAUCCGUUCAAAGUUUCACUAAUAAGCGACUAUUUCCUCGUGUAACUACAGUCAAAACUCCAUCACAUAUUUUGUUUGUAUAAAAUGUAUAUUUCUUAUUACCUAUACUAAAAAAUAUAAAAAUCCAAUUAUAAGAGAACCCUUUCAUGUUUUUUACUCCUAACGAUAUUGGUUGGAGUCAAUUUUUCUAAAUCGUGAAGUGAGUCUUUUUGAUCCUAUCCGAUACAAGUGUAAACACCCACCGUGAUUAUAACUUUCUUUUUCUUCUCCUUCUCUUUCUUCUUAACUAUUUGGUGUUGAUAAUCCUCGCCCUAAAUUUCCACUUGACCCUAUGCCACCUCGCAUACACCAGCUGUCCUUACAUCAUUUUUUAUAACACCUAACCAUCUCUUUUUCGGGUUUCUUAUUCUGCUCAGUGGCGUAUCUGUAGGGAGGGGGGUGAAGGAGGUAUUCAUCUUCCCCGGAGGUCGUAUAAAUAUGUGACAAUAUGUGUGCAUUGUUAUUUUUUUUUUUUAGUGUUUUUGCAAUUAUUUUAAAUUUUUUUUCACGAAGUCGUAAAUAAUAUGAUAAUUGAUAACUUGAUCAAGCCUAAGAUUUUAAAACAUUUCUGUUCUCUAUGGUCAAACCGAGUCAAAAUACAUGGUGUUAUCAUUUUGUUUUGGUGGUUCGACGUUGUUCGACCAUAGGUAAUAAAUACAUGUGAUAAUAUAUAAUCUAAUAUAAUUAUUAUUAAAAUUAUUAACCCGUGGUCUGUGGUUCGACCGUUGUCUCUUAUCAUUAAUUUCUAGCUACGAAAGUACGAAAUAAUUUUACGUGUACCUAAUGUAUAUAGUUAUAGUCAACACUCAACAUUAAACGAUUUUCUCUUAUGAAAAACCGGAGGUUAGACUUUGUAUUGUAAUACAAUUUAUUAUACAAUUAUUCAAUAACAUGCAUUAUAUUAUAUUAUACUAGUUGUCCCGCCCAGCGUUGCCAAUUUUCUAUUGUUUUUUUUACCCCUAUUCCUUUUUAGUUUUUGACCGUGUGAGUAAUGAAUAAAAAAGUGGAAAGUGGGUAGUCCACCUUCGGCGGAAUAAGUGUUCUAUUAUGACAUUUUUUUCAUGAUUUUCAUACGAAAAAUAACGAAACCUCAAUUUUUUUUUAAAUGGGAAGGGUUGAUGGAUUUCAAAGGAAGUUAAGCCUAAUCUAAUUAAUCAGGGAGUGGAGACGCUCGACAGCGGGAAAGCGCGUGUACCGUAUUGUAGUUAAUUGUCGUUCGUAGACGGCACGGUGUUUGUUUUAUACCUUCACGUGAACAUUGGCCGACAAUUUAUAUUAAUAUAAAUAAUAAUUUAGUUGUUAAUCUGUAUAUAUAAAAAUGGAUCGAUAUUUUGUCGGUGAUGUCUUAACUUGAAUACCAUCUAAAUUUCAAACUUUUCCGAUAGAUUUUCCAAAAAUAGUUUUUCAUAAUAACCUUACGAAUACACGAAAAAGAAAAUCAGGCAUAUCGGUCCGUCCGUUUUUAAGUUAUGGCGUCGGCGAAAAAAUAUUAACUCAUUUAUACAUACCUAUAUAGUAUAAAUGUGCGUAUUUGCCGAUAUAUUCAAAUUUAUAUUUAAAAAAAUAAUAACUCUCUUGGCGCCCUCUGGUGAAUCUUUAUUUAUUAAUUUUCUAUCAGAAUGAACAUUUCAAUUUUGGGACAACUUGCACGGAAUAUCUUACUGAUUAUUCAUUUUUUUGUUUUUUAAUUUCUUCCGUAUCACCAAGGUAACCCAUAAAUCAACAAAAAAAAAAUUGCUGUAAUAAAAAUACCAAUUACUCUGUGUCAGCUACCCUAGCAAUGCCACCUAUCGGGUCCAAUUGUGAAUCUAAACUACCCAGGGACCCAUUCAAACACACAUAAAAAAUGUUGUCAAAAUCAGUCAAGCCGUUUAGGAGGAGUUCAGUGACAUAUACACGUAUAGUAGAAUUAUAUAUAUAAAGAUUAAACAACAAUUUAUUUUUUAUGUACCUACUAAAAUGUUCUAUUGAAUAUUUUACAAAUAUAAAAAUCCUGUUAGGUUAAGUUAGCCGUAACGUAAAUUUUGAAGACAUUUUCUAUUUUAAGAAUGAGUGAAAAUAUAUUUCACCCCCACUCCUAUGUAAGAGAGGCCUAGGUACGUCACUAAUUCCGUUCUUUCCUCCUGCGAUUAUUUUUAUUACAAUUCUUAGUGUUUCUGAUUCCUCUCUAAUUGAACUCAAAUCAUUUAAGUCUAUUUUCUAUUUUUCUCUCGUUUUGUCACUUUAACUUUAAAACGAUACAACUUCGACCUUGGAAAACAACAGUGGUUGUACCGCAUCUAGUGAUUAUCAAAGUGUGACUUCCAAUUCUCGAAGAAGCAAAUAUAUAGUAGCUCGAAGGUCAUACGAUAAAAAGUAGUUGUUUAAUAUUUUUUUUCGCAUUUUACAAUAUUUUAUUAUUAUUAAUUUUUAUCGAUAUCUAAAUACAUACAAGUUGAUAAAAAAAAUCCGAAAAGAAGAAAAAAUGGAGUUCACCUUGACUCAAGAUUGUUUAGUUUUUGGAGAGAGGAUCCUUCACUCAAGAAUAUUUGACUUUAGGACCCCAAGAGACUACAGUUGUACAACCGGAACACAGCCCUAUGUAUAUAUGUACUGUAUAUACGUAUAUUACGGUAAAAGAUUGUAUGUAAACAUUAUUUUCCGAUAAUCAAGGUUAAUAAGUUAAUAAUAGAUAAUUUGUAAGUACUUAAUAGUAUAAUAUUAUAAACUGGAUGUAAUAAUUAAUUAAAAAUAAUAUUUAUACCAAAUUAAAUAUCUAAUAAUAUAUGAGACAGAUAACAAAAAAUAAAAGUAAAUAGAUAAUACAGAGAUCCAUGGCAUUUUGAAUUAUAUACUUUCCAGCUGUCCGAUAAGUACACAACAAUAUAAGAUUGGUCUUUCACUUAAUUGUAUAGUGACAUUUUUGGUAACCUUGCGUACUCUUAAGGUACUUAUAGCCUGCUGUUUCUUUAAGUGUUAUCAUUUUUUCUACGACUAAUUAAAAUACGCUCUGGAGAUUUUUUUUUUUUUAAAUGCUGGGAUUGAGAAAUUUUCUUUACAUGGAAUAAAUUGAGAUCUAGUGUAUUUGUAUCCAAUAAAACCAUUUUCGGCAUCUAAAAAUGUACAAUUCAACUUUUUAGAAUAUAACACAGCAUUUGAAAUAUAUUUAACUCACAUAAUUCAUAAAAUUCAUUGCUGAUAGUAGUGAUUACACUAAUAACUGCCAAGAAAUAUCGCGGAAAUCUUCAGCUUGAUCAACACAAUAAGGCAACAUAUACAGUUGUUCUGACUUCGAGAUGUUGACAUUUUUUAUUGUACAGUUAUCAUUUCUGUUUUCUUUCGUAGUAUUGUCUUGACAUUUGUCACCGUUUAAAGCACAAAAUAUAAUGUUAAAAUUAACAAAUCUUGCUGUUUAAUAUCACUGUCGUUUAAAUUAUUACCCCGACUAUAUUCGAUGUACCAUUCCGACUGUUCCAUUAUUGAAUUGAUAUUUCUAUAAUAGUAUGCCGAUUUAUGCAAAUCCGACUUUUGCCGUAAGCACAUCCAAACAUCGCCUUACAUGAUCACCUAUUAAUUCCUAAAAUAAUAGAUUAAACACUUAAAAUGAACCUAUUCUACCCAAUAAAACAGUGGUUUCCAGCAUUGGUUAAAUUCCUAUUAUUGCAUUAAUAAAAUAUUGAAACCUGUUAUAUUAAUACUAUUUAUUUUGUUUAAUGCACGGUUCUUUUGAAAUUGAAUGACUUCGGGCCAAUAUUUGGUUUUAUUUUGAGCAAUCCAUUCUGCAAGCAUGUCUUCGAAAUUUUUAUUAGUCUGUUCUACCUACUCGACCUUACCAAGCAUAAUUUUUUCUUCUGAUGGUCACCUAUAAUGAAGCUCAGUAAUAAUUAUUAAAUUUACGAAUUCUCGGCCAUCAUCAGAAAUGAAGGAUAGCUUCAAGUAAAUGACAUGCGAUUAUUUCGACACAAUUUUACUUUCAAAAGCUCUAAAUAAGAUAAAUCUAAAUGCAUUAAUAUGUUGUGAGCAUAUUUCGAUUAAAUCGAUUUGAGCUCGUGAAUUAAAAGCUGAAAGUAAAUAAUAAUAUAUAACUUGACGGUUGUGAAGUCACCUUUAUGUUAUGGUGAAAUAUUUCCACACGUCCAAAUACUAUUCUACUGCGAAAUUAAAAAAAACUAUACCUCCUACAUAAUAUUCCGCGGCUUUCGGUGUCUAGGUUUGUUAAAUUCGUGCGGCAAACCGCCAAAUCACGCGUAUACGUAAUGACCUCUUUCUCAUGCCUUCUUGCCGCUAUAUAAACAAAAUUAAAAAAAAACCGUGCGAAUUGUGCCGUAUAGAUACGAUUAAAAACAAAUAACUAUUCUAUUGUUUUUUUACUACUUACAUACACCACACUGGAGGUUAUUAUAAUAUUAUUAUUAUUUCUACAGUAUAUUGAUCCGCUGCAGGUACCCUACACUCUGUUAUUCGGUUUUGCUCGCGUCAAUUAAAUAAGAUUUAACCAAUGGAAUAUUUUAUACGUAAUCACAAUAUUUAGGGUGACUGUCCGUGAAUGUAUAUAUUAUAAUUUCGCUUGCGGUCGCGGUCUUACGUCCGUGUACGCGUAGGAAUUGUAUACGUAGAAGCCGGUUAUUUGUUUCAGUCGUAAAUUUCGGGUGACGGAACACCAUCGCGAGUGAAAGGAUUCUUUGGGUCAACGGCAUAUUUUAUAGGUUCCUAAAUAAUAACAUACAUUAUAAUAAGCAAAUCGCGUCUAUAACGAAUAAAAUUAAAGCGAGUUAAUCAAAACGGCGCGGCGUCACACAUUAUAUUAUUUCGGUACAAUAUUAUACAACCACGAUAGUAUUAUUAGGUUAGGUCUAGUUCAUCGUCCGGUAUAUUUAAAGGAAAAUAUGCAGAAUUUAGGUUUUUGUUUACUUGUGCAUUGCGCUGUUUUUUUUAGGUAGCGUAGCGAGGACUGUAUUUAUUUUAUUAUGAUGUACAGUGGUGGAUCAAAAGUUCAAUUUUGAGAAAGACUUCCUGAAAAAAAUUAAUACUAAGCAAAAAUAAAGAGGUGAUACUGGGGAUGGGUGUAGCUACUGUUGUAGGUGGAAAGUUGAGAAGGUAGGACACAUAAGGUUAUUUAAUUUUUUUUUUUGUGUAACUCUGUAAGGACCGAUAAACCAUUGCUAACUCAUUUAUUGAUUGAAGUAAGAUUUCUGGUAGAAAAUUUGUUCACAAACAGAAAAAAAAAAAUAAAAAAUAAAAAUGCACAAUAAUACAAUCAACACAUCCAUUGCUCCUCUCCGCUUUUCUUCCUUUAAAAUCUUGUAUAUAUGUGAAAAAACUUUUGUACAGGCUAUAGCUGUAGUCUGGGGGGACGAGGCCCCUGCUAUCUGGAUCUACCAUUGAAUUGAUGUGUGUUUUUUCCGUCUAUAAACAAAUUUUCUGUUAGAAAUUUUGCUCCAAACAUCAACUUUAGAAAUGGUUUCUAGUAGACAAUAUUGUCUAGCUGUCAGUUGGUUCAUUGAGGAGGUCAUCUUUAUGAUUUACCUUGUAGUUUUCUCAAUAAUUGGAAAAAACGUAGGAAACACGGAAAAGUUUACGGAAAUAACGAUUUCAUUACUACUUUUUAUUUCGUUUUGUUUUUUUUUGGACAUUUUUUAUUGAAUUAAUAUAAUCGUAAAGACCUGCAAUUUUAAGAGAAUAUUUAUAUUAACUUUUCCUAAAUGUCAGAAAAUGUUUAAAACUAUUUUUAAGCUAUUUAUAGACAUUUGACAUCUAAUUUUUAUUUUUUAUAAAGUUUUAUAUGAAUAAAAUUGUUUAAAUGUCAUUUUUUUUUCAAUCUAAAAUAGUUGAAACUUAAAACAGUUCAAAUUUUAACGAAAAUUGUAAAAAUGACCGCAUUUUCAAAACAUUUGAUAUACAACCAAAAUUUGCUCAGAAUCGCAUUUCGUUAGUAACGAUUUCAUACAGAUAUAGAUAACUCUGUGCACCCAUACCAUCCCAAUGUUCCACCUAAAGCAGUGGCACACCCAUCAGCCAGUAUCAGCUAUUUUAUACAUACAUUUUUUUUUUUUGUAUUACUUAUAUAUGUCCGGCGGCAUAUUGUUGUACUUAAUAGUUAUUGGCCACAUACAUAUACAUGGUGUAUAUUAUAUGUAUUUGAAACUGAAUAGGUAGUAGGUAUAUGUUUUAUACGAUUUCCAGUCCUAUCGAAAAUCGAUUGAUGACGCAUGCACACAUUAAUAUACAUCAACAUCGUAUAUGUACCUACCUACGGGUGCAAGUUUUACUAAACAUCUAUUAUUUAAGUAGGUAAUCAUAUACGGACGCAUAUGAGGACAUUGAAAAAUUCGCUGCGAGACUCGUUUACACGUUGGUGUAACCUAAAUAUAUUAUAAUGUUAUAUGCGUUCGAAUUCUAGAUAACUGACGGUUAGAAAAAAAUAAAAAUAAAAACUGGUCUUGAUCUAAUAACAAUUAGAAAUCUUAUACCCGACGUCCUUAAACACUUUCGUAAACUCUGUACAUGCAAUAAUAAAUAAUACAAGUUUCGCACCGAGUUCAUGGCGACGACACCCAUAAUUUGUUAUUAUACGUAAUAAGCAAAAUAUUUUAAGAAUUAAAGCGUUCGCUCAAUAUUAUAUUACGCGUGAUCUCCAAAAAUAUUAUACAUCUAUAUUAUUUUAACUCAAUGAAUAUCGUUUAAAAAUAUAACACGAUAAAAUCAUUUGGAUUUUGUAAGAAUGACCUACUGUAUACUGUAUUAACAUGACGUCUCUAUACUCCUACCAAUAUCAACGUAACUCCUAUAUCAACCUAAACUAAUUGUAAAUAUUAUAUCGUAUUGAUAUUGCGUAAUUCAUGUUGAAAACAAUAAAAUAUCAAAAGUAAUUACUUUUAGACGUAUCUUUUAAUCCGGCUUUGCAUUGUACACCCUAGAAUAUUAAUGUUGUUUUAACUCACGGUAAUUUAUUAUCUUUUUAUAUAGACGAAGACUGGAACACGAGUCCGCUAGAAGAACCCUUGUUUGCCAAACCCAGUAGCAAAGACCAUCCACUGCCCAGGAUCAGGAGACAAGACAGCGGUGUAGACAGUAGCGGUAGUCCAGUACUGCAGACCUCGCCGGAAAAAAACUAUUACGGCGGCGAUGGUGGCCACCGAGAGCAACGAGAACAGCACGCCGUCAAUAGCAAUCAGCAGGUGAACCUCAAGUCGCGGCAAAGCCACAACAUGACGCCGAAUAUGUUAAAGGAAAAAUAUUCGGAUCGCAACGUGGCGCUGGUCCAGCCGAGGCCAAGGAACUCCGAACCGUCCAUCAAUAGUAACAACAAAAACCAGCCAACUGCACCGACAGCGUUGCAGCCAGCCCCGGUACUAGAGUUCCGGAGAAAGCCCGUGGAAGUGCGCCAGAGGACGCCGUCUCCAAACCGCCCAGCCGUUGAAAUCAGAGAGACUCCCAGAGAACGGUUCAAAGACGCCAAAGAGAAGUUUCUGAUGUUGGAAAAAGAGCGCAUCGACGAGCAAAGGUCGGCGCUGAAAAAAUGUCUGGAACGACAGCGAGGUGGUUACAAGGAUAACGGGAUGCCCGCGGCCAUAAGAGCGGCGGUCAGGGACUCGUGUGAUUGGUCAAGAAGUCACGAAUCCGACGACGAAACGAUGGACUACAGAAACCAGCACGGCGGUUAUAUCGAUGAAGAUUUCGACGACAGAGGAAUGAAAAAUCAUCCGAUGAGGAGAAGCAACCGAUCGAGAGAAAGCCUGGAUAACGAUAGCUACAACGGUGGUUAUUCGAAAAUUAAUACUCCCAACAAUAGGCGAUCCAAGAAUUUACAGGUACAGUCGAGUUAUUGAAGUCAUUAAAGUUAUUAUAGUUUACGAAAGUACAUAGUUUAAAUAUUAGGUUUUUAGGGAAUUAAAAAAAAAAAUUAGUUUUUAGCGGCGGUCCGUUCAUCAUCCAUAAUCACAUUUUCCCGAGGAACAAACCUAACAUCACAGAGACCCCGUGUGCUUUUAACUGACUGCAAAUAAUGUAAUUGUGUGGUUUUGGUGUCGGUUAUUUGAUUGCAUUCGAUAUUUUGUUCAAAUGCAAUACAACUGAAGACAGAUUUGAGUUUUGGACGGACUGAUUUUUUUUUUUUUUUUAUCUGAUUUCUUUGCAAUCUUUAACUGUGGUAUAUGACGAGAGUUCACUAAAGAUGCUAUGUAGAUAGCUACAUCGCUAUCGUCUUUUUUUAAAGACAAGUUUAAAUUAUUUGCAUUAAACAUUAUUAUUAAAUAAAUACUAACAUUAAACUUUAGUAUACUGAAAUGGUGUUUUAUCAAAUAUCUUUGGUCCCAAGAAAGAAAUACGUAGGACUAUUUUAUUUACUUGUUUUUCUUUUUUUUUUAUAAUUUUUCUUAUGUAACUUUACUUUAUAACUCUACCAUAAAUGUCCAAUAAUUUUCCGUAAUUUUGAAUGUUAUGAAAUUCUCUAAUAUUGUCUUCUUCCCUUGGACAACAGAUACACAGCUAAAAUCAGUGAUCGAUUUUUUCCGCCGGCUUCACGGACCUUAAUAAACUGCAGUGCGUUUACAUUAUGCUCUAUAUACGAAUAAAUUCUACUCUCCCUAUUUAAAAUAAUGGCCGACAGGUCUCGCAUAUAACUGCGAUUUAGUAAUAUAAUAAUAAUCGUGACAUAAGUAUAAUGAUUUAUAAAAAUAAUAUAUCCGAGGUAAAAUUCGUAGUAAACUGCAGUAUACUUAGAAUGUUGAAAUGCAUAUGAUUUUCUCUUAAAAAAAAAAAAAAACGUGUGAACGUUUCCGGGAAAAAAUUAGCGAUUGCAAUGGUUUUUUUUUAUUUUUACAAAAAUUUCACAUUGUUAUAAACGCGUAGUCGUCCGUACAUAUACGUAUAAAACUCGUACGUGAUUAUUAACUUUUAUUUUUUUCCGUACAAAUGAAAAAGAACGAACGGAUAAAAAAACCGAUAUAUAAUAAUUAUUUGUCUUUGGCAAAUUAAUUACUAAACCACGAUUUCUACCGGUAUAUAAUAACAUUAAAGUACAGUUAACGUGGCAGUUGUGACGUACCUAUCAAUAAAUCAAAAUAUCUAAAAAUAAUAAAAUAAAAACAAUUUUGUUGAUCGUAUCGAAUUGAAAAACCGCGAUCGCCGACGAUGGCCAUUGGCCUGCAGUUGCGGUUAUAGAUAAUUUUACAACCCGAUAUAAUACAAUUUACUGCAAUUCCGAACUCAACGUUCGGAAAAAAAAAAUCAAUUGAAAUUAUACGCAAUCGCGUUUGAAAUCGUGCGAUUUAUUUAUUCCGGAAACGAAACAAAAAAAAAAAAAAACCCCGAGGCCUGUCUCCGAUACGUUUCGGUUUCGUACACGAAUAAUAAUAUAAUGUCGACUCGUUAUUAUAUACCCGUGACAGUGGUGUUUUGGAGGGUAUACAGAGGUAUACGGCCGCUUAUACUCAUUUACCAUUGGGUGAAUUAGCGUAUAUCCUGCAAAAAAUAGUACUAACGUGCACGUAUACUUUUUUAGAAAAAAUGUGCGUAUAGCUUGUACACGGCAUGCGAUUUACAAAUUGAGCAAUCUAUAUUCUGCAUAAUUUUUUAUUGUACAUGCCGUUUAUCAAUUGUCUAUACAAGCAGACCCGUCGUAAGACAUUUCCCGCUUUAAAGCGAACAUUUUGAUACCGGUCUUUUUUGUCGAUUAUUAAUUUAAUUUUUCUGCUUCAAUUCGAUUAAAAUUUUAUGCCGGCCUAAAACAACGCAUGCUUGUACCCUAGCAACGGGCUUGGAAUAUAAAUAUUAAGUAUUAGAACUGUGUAACAAGUAAUUUAAAUAUAAUUGGUUAUUACCGCGUAUUGGUUAAUAUUUCUUAUCUUUUAUUUGAUUAAAGUUGCAUGUUGUAUUCAUUACAAGUUUUUUUAGAUUUGAGACGUAGUGAGGAAUCUAUUAGUUUUACUAUAUAUGAUGUGUGUGUAUUUUUUUUCUAUCUAUGAACAACUUUUCUACCAAAAAUCUUGCUUUGAAGUAUUUAGUACAGCGCCCCUUCUGAAAAAUAAUUUUCUCUAGUUGAUACACUGAAGAAAUCAUUUUUUAAUUUUUAGAGAGUUCAAAAUAAUUGGGAAAAACCCGAAAGAAAAUUAUAGGUAAAAUGGUAAAUAUUUACCAUUUUCAUUGUUAUUAUUAUGUUAAGAUUUUUUUCAAAUUACGGCACAACAAUUUCUUUAAUUUAAAGUUUUUACGGCUUAUGUGUUCUACCGUAGAUAUUGUCCCAAUAGAUAAACGAUAAUAAGCCUUUUUUGUUGCACUUUUAAUCUAGUUGAUGAUCAAGAAAGUCGUUUUUUAAUUUUCUUUGUAUUUUUUUUAAUAAUUGUGCAAAACUGAAAAAUACGUGGAAAUUAAAAUAAUUCUGAAAUUAUUUUCAAUUUUGUUUUUUCGUUGAAGUUAAAAAAUUCAUAAAGAUUUAAAAUGAUUUCAAAACACUUAUAUUUAGUUUUUCUAAACGUGGUAAAACUUUAAGAACAUUUGAGCAAUUUUUGAGCAAUUUAUAAAACAUUUUAAUUAUGAGAGUUUUUUUUGUGUAAUUUUUAUUUAGUAAGUAAACUGUGAAUAAAAUUCUUAGACAAAACAGAAAUGCUUGGAAAUUUAACAGUAGAUUUAUUAUUUAUUAUUAAGUUGUACUUGGUGGUAAAACAAAAAAAAAUUGAGUUUAGUUUAGAAUUUAAAUUUUUAUAAGUUUUAAAAUCAAAUUUUGACGACAAUUGUAAAUAUUACGGCCUUUCAAAAUAUGUAUUGCUGACCUUCGUUCCGAAUCGUUGUUGGUUUAUCAUUGGUUACAGGUAUAAAUAAUAUAACUUUAUGUAUCCCACUUUCCCCACUACCCACCUAUACCAGUUGCCGCACCGGUCAGCGUGUAAUCAGCUCUUUUUAUUUGUUACACCCAUGUAAAAAGGUUUCAAAACUAAAUAUUUUGUUAAAAAUUAAAUAUUGUUUGAAAUUUGAAUACAUUUUGUCAUUUUUUAAUUAGACUUUUUAUACUCGAUAAUGGAUUUCAUAUCAAAUUAUUUUAGUUUUUUUGUUGGAUGUUGGUGAAAUUGGUUUUAGUACUUAUACAAAUAAAAAUGUAAAAAAACCGGACAGCAAAAAUAAUAUUUUUUUAAGUGCAAAUUUGUGAAUUUAACUACUAUUUAAGAGUCUUACAAAAGAGUUUUUCUCAAAAAAAUCAAUCAGCUUUUUGAAUCUGAUUAAUUUUGUGCUUAUAAAAUCACAAUAUUCGUUGUUUUACUUCAUAAAUGAGUUAAAUACUUUGAAAAAAAUACUCUAUAGUUUUUUUUUUUUACAAAAACAACAUUGAUCCAUGCCGUUUUGGGUCAACAUUUUUAUCGUUCAAGUCGGGAAUAAUUCAUAUCAGACGUGUACGAACGUUUACGAACAGGUUUCAAGAACGAGAAAACGUUUGGGUCAGGACCUGGACAUACUGGGAAUAAAAAUCGUCCCCCGGGGUAUUAGAAAUUUCGGCCCGAAAUGUUCAUUUUUAAUUCGAAAAUCCACGUUUACAUCAUAGAAACGAUUAUUCAACAAUUUUAAACAAAAACGAUUAUUUUUUAUUUGCAUACAGGUACAUACAUUUUCUUGGCCGGGGAUUCAGAAAAAGCGUUUUUUUUUUUUUUUUACAGUCAGCGCGUUUGUAAACAUCCGAUUGGAAACCGAUUUUGGUACAUAACAAAACUUUAUACCCGUUCACCAUUUUUGGCCGGACUCUACACACGCGACAAUAAUGCACGAACAACAUUAUGAAUAUUUCGAGCGUCCUAGAUUUUCACGAUUAUCAUCGCUGGUGACGGCCGUCAUGUAAUUCGGCCCUAAUUCGUUCCGUAUGGAUUAUUUUCGUCUCUAGUGCGAUAAUCAUAAUCCGCUGUACAUAAUAUUAUGUAUCGCUAUACAACAGUACACCAAAUAUAAAUGCAUAUUAUUGAAUUUUUUUUUCCAAAUUUCACAUAUAUAGGCAAAAAAGCGAAAUUUAAUUUCGCGUAAUUCUUGUAUCUACUCGUUCCGUUUCCACAGGUUAUGCGUGCGAUGGAUACAUUUUUUUUCUACGCGUUAGUAGUUUUUUUAUGCAAUAUUGCAAUAUUAUAGUUGCAUAGGUAUAAAUCAUUAUAGUGAUAAUAAUAAGUGAAUAUUUUUUCCGUUUUCGAUUCGAAUUGAAAAAAAGUUUAAUUUCGUUCGGUAAUAGUAACUUAUAGGAAAAAACUGUUUUGGUUUCACAAUAGUAUUUUGUUUUGUGUUUUUUUACUUCUUAAUGCGGACUUUUUUAUGCAUAAUAUAUUAUAUAUAUACAUAGAUAAAACCGCAUGCAUAUAGUUUAAAACGAUGCGACACUCGAGAUGAAGAUACCUAUACUAGCUAUAUUAUAAAAAAAAAAAAAACCGUUUUGUUUUUUUCCUCGAAAUCGUCGGUUCGAUGAUCUGAAAAUGAAUUGCGAUAAAAUAUGAUAAAUUAUAUUAUAGAGACACCGAAGACAAGGAAUCGGUUUUCAGAAACGAUUGAUUAUUAUUGUUGCUGUUGUUUUCGGUGUAUAGUUAAAAAAAAUGAGAAGAAAACAAAAAAAAUCACUUUUCUGUUCCACUUUUUCGUACAAUAUAAUAUGAGCGACGACGACGCGCGACUACGUAGGUACAAACACCAAGUUUUUUUUUCUUCUCUCGAGUCUCCGAAGAUAAUCCUAACGAGAGGCGACAGUAAGUAAUUACCGUAUAACGAACGGAUUGUCGCGCACUGAUAUUCUAAUAUAGCGCGCGGUAUACCAUUUUUUAAUUGAACGCAGACACUGGAACCUUUUGAUUUUAUCGUUGCCGCACAUCACGCCGGUAUGGGUGCAGCCAACUAGCCAGGUAUAACGGUUCUUAAUGUAAACGAUUUUACCGGUUUCAUUUAGGUUUCGGUUUUCUACAAUAUAUACACUUAUAAUAAUAUUAUUUGAUUUUCAAUAAUUAUAAUAAUAAUAUAAGGUUCUCGAAUCGAUACUAUCCGUUACCAUCGAAGUUCCGGGACGGGUUUUUUUUUCCGUUGUUCGUUCCCCGAUCGGUAGCUGCAGAUCGAAUACGCUCACGUAAUUUGUUACAAUACCUAACAAUAAUAAUCGCUAAUAUAUUAACUAUAAUAUGGUGUUAGACGUGGUAAAUAAUAUGCAUAAUAAUUAUAAUUAUGUCCGUUUGCAGUUAGCAUAAUUCGCGUAGGAAUGAAUUCCACCGAAACAAUUAAAAUAAUUAUAAAACGAUGGAAAAGCGGCCGAGGCGAAUGCGCGGGAAAAAUAUCCAUGUGCCUAUAUAAUAUAUUUGUUCAGACUAUAAAUAAUAGUAAAACUAUAAUAAUAUUAUAUAGGUACCUGUUGGUACCUAUAUAACCGCACAUGUAGAACGUAUAAGACUAUCAAAACUCGAAAUAAUUGUAAAUUUGAAACUUUUUAAAAUUGUAAGACUCCAUUUCUCCAUUUUUAUAGAAUCGGAGAAAAUUUAGAAAACCGUUUCCUUCUCUUCCCUCCCCUCUUUAAACCCAAAUGCUAUUAAAGUUACCGGUUUGUUAACUUUCGGGCUUCUCGUUUAGCUACUUAUUACAAAUUAUGUGUAACGCUAUCACGAUAAUAAGUAUGUUACGUACUUAUACGGAAUUCUUCUUAAUGUUGGUAAAUCCAUACUACAGUCAUUAGAAUAUAGAUAAAAAAAAUAGUUAUGUUGACCCAAGGGAAACAGUUUUUACUAUCGAACUAUGGAUGAUAUCACGCCCUCUUAAUAUUCCGAAUGUUUUAGUAAAAAUCAUUUUAAUAAUUUUAGUUUAGAACUUUAAAUCAAUUUUUCUCAAAACUCUAAAUAUUUUCGUAUUUUAGGUAUUUCGAGUCGUCGUGGUUUUUGUUCUAUAAUACUGUAUUAUAAUAGAUGUCCGAAGUAAAGUAUAAUAAAACUAAUCGAUUACAAUUUUUUUUCGCCUGUUUUUUGCAGCAAGACCACGACGAACCCAGGCCGGCGCCCAGAAGUUACUCGGCGGAAGAUUAUCUGGAACACAACUACAGGCCGUCACCCCCGGAAGACCAUCACCAUCACCCGCGGUACAAGAGCCCGCAGCGCCGGGUGGCCCCACCGCCGGUGGAAGCGCCCCGGGCUGCACCCAGGCGGAAUCAUCAUUACAACGAUGUACAGCUUCCAGCGUCCUCGUCGUCGUCGCGCACAAACGAUUACAAGAGGCGAUCCGCCGCGUACGGUUACGAAGACGGCGGUGGUUGUCCUCCGAGCUACGGCGGGCGACACGAGAGUUCGCUAGACGGCCGGACAACUGGUACGUCCGUAACCGCUGCGGACGACGACGGGCUGCCGCCGACGUCCGCGCGGGAGUACAAGCGCCGGUCGGCGGCGUACGCCUACGAGGAUCAUCACCGUCUUCAGCAUCACCAUCAAGACCUCGGCGGCGGUUACAGACGGGAAACGGUGACCGAGGAUCAUCAUAAUGGUUACCCGACGGCCGCCUCUCCCGUGUCGCCCAGGUACAGGCACAGUUACGCCGAGGCGUAUCAGAGGCACCACCAACAGCACCAGCAGUCCGGUCCGUUACAAUCGCAAGAUGCGUUGCAAUACCGUCACAACGGUUCGUUACAGUCGUCCGGCCGUAUCGGUAUCGCGGCGAUACAUCCUUAUUGAUCGUAUCGAUGUAACAAAUAUGAUAAUAAUAAUAAUAAUCGAUAUAACAAUAUAAUUAUUUACCCGUAGUCAAUAUAUUACAAAUAUAUAAAUCCUGCUAGCAGAACGGUGCCAAAUAUUAGGGAACACCGUGUUCGGCCUGCACGUUGUACUUAUUUUUGAGCUGUUUAUAUUCUCACCUGUUUUCUGGCUAGUCGUACUGAUCGCGUACAAUCUGUUUGAGUAGUUAACAAGCAAAAAACAAAAAUUCCUCAAAUCGUGCGCAUUAUAAUUAUAUCGUUUCGAUUAUCUAUACUGGCCCCAUUGAUUAUUGAUGUGCAGGUAGUGUUAUAAUAAACGAUUUUUUUUUUUUUUUUUAAUAAUAUAUUUAAUUUGUUGACUGGUGAUGAACGUUAAACACUCCGCCCCACCCCCGCUUAAUUUGAGCUACGCACUUGGACCACUACACUGGCCGUAUACCGUUUCAAACAAAAUAAACGAAAACCGCGUGCCAAAUGCCAACAAUAUAAUACGCACAUAAAUCAAAAAAAAAAACUUAAAAUUUACGUGAAAAGUCGUAUACUUACUACCCAAUAUUAGACGCCAUUAUGAUAUUGGUCUGUGGCGAAUGCUGGGAGUGCAGGGAAUUCAAUCUCCCCCCCCUCAGAAUUAUGUAUAGGUACCUUAAAAUUAUAUCCUUAAAAUGUAAUAUGUAAUAAUAAAGGUAUUGUAACAAUUUAUAUAAUAAUUUACAACACUACAAAUAUUAUAAUAUGAUAAUAUUUGUUCAUUGUCCCAUCCCUGAAAUUCGUCCUGCGUUAGACUCUGAAACGAGUAAUGCGAAAUUGAAAAUAAUUUCGGGCUAAGUUUCCAGGGUGAUUUUUUUUAUCACGUCCAGCAAUUUUCAUGGAGAAUUUUAUGUAAAUUUGUUUUUUUUUUUUAUCAUUAUAGAAUUGUACGAGCUUUAUAAUUUCACACACUAUACAAGGCUUCUUAAAUACGUAUUAAUUUUUGAUUUUCAAACGACAAUCCUCCCCCCUCCCACGUUUCAACACGGUUUAGAAAACACAACCAUGUUGCUAUAAAAAUGUUGACGUGCGUAAUUUUGGAUUUACCGUUUAUGAGUAUAUUAUAUUAUUAUUAUAUUAAGUAUAACAGGUUAAAAUUUGUAUCGGGGGAGUAACAGGGAAAUGACGUGAUACAUUGAUCCUAAUAAUGAUGGACAUAAUGGACCAUGAUAAAAUAAUCACCCUGUAUGUUUUCUAAAAUACUUUCGGAAACAAUAAUAUUAUUGUUAUUAUGUCAAACGAUAAGAGGAGAGUAUUACGACAUCGCGCAUGGGAGAAACUGUACAUAAUUUACCUAUAUACAUAUACAUACAUAUGUAUACAACAUAAUAUAAAAGUGGUGUAUACCUAUUGUUUUGUGAAAUUAACACGACCUUUCUGACUGUAUCUGUCUUUGUAUACUUACAUACAUUAUAAUAUAACAUGUAAGUAUAAUAUUGUAUAUUAUAUAUUAUUAUAUGUUUUUCUUUAUUUUUUUAUUUGUUCGACGAAUAUAAUUUUUAUUACGUUAAAUCAUAAAGUAUUACGAUGAUGUUUGUUUUAUUAUUAUUUUACCCAAGUAC